AUGGACCCUCCUCUUACGCCGACGCCAGGUUUAGGGGAUCUUCGACUAACACAAUCCUCCUCUUCCUCUCCUGGCCCUAGAUUACGCCCCCAGCAAACCGACUAUCCACUUUCCACUGAUAACAAAACUGGGAAGGGUCCAAUGGGCGGUGCGGGCCAAGAUCAGGCUUCGGCCACGUCCUCCGGGGCCCGCCUUCAAACCCCCGCGCCUGAUAAUCAUGCUGCUGGCAAAUCCAAGGCCAGUAAGCGCAAGAACCGCCGACGCAAGCCUAAGAAUCGCAAACAAUCGUUCCUACCACCUGCCUCUGAAACAACACAUGAACGACCGGUAAGCUCCUCGGCAGCUGAUGGGCUUAGAGAGUCAAUGGACGGCGAUCGGCCAACCUCGAAGGACGAUCAGUCAUUUUUUAAAUUGGGCAACAAUUUGAGUAAUACGAGCUUGGAGAGUGAUGCUCUGCUUGAUCAUAGAGACCAACCUAUGAUGCGGCCGCGCCGUGACAGCCGCCAAACUUCAACAUUCCGCCCUAGUUCUCUGCUUUCUGCCUUCCGGGGGCCCGACGCACGAGCUCGAAACAGUCCUGGGGGAGGAUGGCCUCAACAAUAUCAAGACGAUGACAGCGAUGGAAAUGAACCCACCGAUCGGACACCCUUGAUGCGACGAACGACACCAGGCACUACAUCGGCUCGAACCCGCUACGUCGGAGAUACUCGUACAAGCCCGCUUUCUUUUCGACCCCGGCGAACAUCUGCCCAGACACCCUCGUCACAAUGCUCACCCGGCCACAGCACGUCGUAUUUUCCAGACCAAGACCGAGAGUUUGAUGUGAACAACCCUCCAUCGAUGCCCGGCACCCCAAAGCUGGGCCCGGAGAUGAAUUACGACGAUGCAAUGAUGACUGGCGUAGAGUUUGAUUUUACGACGCAAGGUCCAGAGGCUCGCAGAGACUCAUACAAUUGGAUGAAUGAUGCAGUUAUCAACAUUGAAGGUAUGCCACAUCAGCAUUCGGCGCCUUCAUCCAUUCGUUCUGGACAAUCACCAACCCGGGGAUUUGUUCCUCGGCGACACACUGUUCCCAAUCCCCUUGAGGAUGUUUGCCUACCCCAAGGAGGGUCAGAAAUGGGAGAUGAAGGGUCUCAAUUGCCGCGAGACGAGUCUGGUGAAAGGCGGCGACGCAGACAUCGACGCUGGCCCGAUUUAUCGGUCUUGGAGGAGUGGAGUCGAGAGGAGAAAGAAAGUCGCAAUGGGGACCUUCGAGUCAAAAAAAUCAAUGAGCCGAUGCUUGUUGAAGGUCGGCUUCGACCCCAAUAUAAGUUGUGGCGCCGUGAAGAAGACGAAGCCCCUUAUCGUUUCACCUACUUCAAUGAAGAAUUCCAAAGCACCAUCCACGCCCAGACCAUCUCUGAGCUUGUGCAACCAGGCAGUAGUUUCCGUGAGCUAUUUAUCCCAGAGCCUCCAGAGCUAGAGGAUUCAUCAUCCGACGAAGAAGAAGAUGAUGCCAAUCAUUCUGUUCAGGAGAAUGCACCCAAUGGAAAUCCGCCACCCGCAGUGCCGAAUCCCCUCAAGGAUGGGCAAGAUACUGCUCUACCUUCUACUACCAAUGGGCAUCCACAGCGGCUAUCUGUCAUUAGUGAAGGGCGACCUGAAUCCGCUCGAGAAGUCUCACCAUCUGCUUCCAAUAUUCCGCCAAAGCCCAAGCGGUAUGGCCCUCGACCAACGUUUUGGCUAGAUGUGCUUUCUCCAACAGACGCAGAGAUGCGCGUGAUUGCAAAGACAUUUGGCAUCCAUGCGCUGACUGCCGAGGAUAUCAUGAUGCAGGAAGCGAGAGAGAAAGUAGAACUGUUUCGCAGUUACUAUUUUGUCAAUUACCGUACUUUCGAGCAGGAUAGGAAUAGCGAGGACUACCUUGAGCCUGUCAACAUGUACGUGGUUGUGUUCCGUGAUGGAAUCAUAUCGUUCCAUUUUUCACAGACACCACAUCCAGCCAAUGUACGACGGCGUAUUCGCCAGCUUAUGGACUACUUGAUUCUUAGCUCUGACUGGAUCUCUUACGCCUUGAUUGACGAUAUUACCGACGUGUUUGGUCCACUUAUCCAGGCCAUUGAGGACGAAGUUGACGAGAUUGACGAAAUGAUCAUGCAGAUGCACUCGUCCAGCAAAGAAGCAUCUUCGGGUGAUAGCGUACUUCCCUCUUUUGCACCCGGUGAAAUGCUGCGGCGUGUUGGUGUGUGUCGCAAGAAGGUCAUGGGAUUAUACCGACUUCUAAGCAACAAAGCCGAUGUGGUCAAAGGAUUUGCUAAGCGUUGCAACGAACAGUGGGAAGUUGCGCCGAAAUCUGAAAUUGGUCUUUAUUUGGGCGAUAUUCAAGAUCAUAUUAUGACUAUGACGGGUAAUUUGACUCAUUAUGAAACGAUUCUUUCUCGGGCACAUUCGAAUUAUUUGGCACAAAUCAACAUUCUGAUGAAUGAGCGGCAGGAGCAGACUGCUGAUGUCCUAGGAAAAUUGACAGUGCUCGGUACUAUCGUUCUCCCCAUGAAUAUUAUUUGUGGUAUGUGGGGAAUGAACGUCAAAGUGCCGGGUCAGGACAUCGACAAUCUCUAUUGGUUCUGGUCCAUUACUCUGGGCUUGUUUAUAUUUGCCUUUGUCUCUUUCAUUAUCGCAAAACGAGUAUAUAAGAUUGUGUAG